GUACGUAAAUGCAGCAUUAGGCCAAUCUGAGCUGCCGUAGUGCGUCACAUGUUGACUAGGUUUGCUAGUUGAUGCUAACGAAAGCUUGACAAAAUCUAGAAAGACAAAGGCAAAAACGAAAAAUUACAGAAAUAACUGUUCUUUUGUUUUCGGCACUGUGUACGUUGCUUUAAAAUGCCUUAAUAUCUCCGUGUAUUGUUGGAUAAAACACACCUGUUAAUGUUAUUUAUUCUGAUAAGCUAACGUAGCUAGCCUGUUUGCUAGCCAGGAAGACUUGACAUCUCACUGUUGGCUUCAGGUUAGCUAACAUAGUCAACAUAGGAGCUAAAAUAAAGAGUAACACCUAUGGUGGUCCUCCAUCUUCCCAUCCAGAGCUCCAGAUGCGGCUAAAAGACCCCUUCUCUUUGAAAGCCGCCGAUAUGACUAAGCGGACUAAUAAACCGAGGAAACCUCGAGAUGAGGAGUCAUCAGAUGAAGUCAGUGGGUUGACUUGCCAGCAUGUGAGUAAAGCAGUGGACCUGAGCUCAGUGAAGAAAUCGGUGCUCUCCAGUGUGUGGUUGGUGUGCUCUGAGUGCCUUAAGGAGAGGACCAUGAUCGACGGAGAGCCAGCAGCAUCCCAUGACAUCCUGGUGUGCUUAAAGUGUGGUUUACAGGGCUGUAACCAGUCAGGGAUCCAGCACGCUGUCAAGCAUCACCAAGCAUUCCAUCCAGAGUCUCACUGCAUCACCAUCAGCUUGAGCACAUGGAAGGCCUGGUGUUUUGAAUGUAAUGAGGAGCUCUCCACUCACUGCAACAAGAAGGCUUUGGCUCAGACCCUGGACUUUUUACAAAAGCACUCUGUCAAGGCAACAUCAGGAGCAUCACCCAAGAUCAUUAAGCUGCAAGAAGAACCAUCAGAUUAUACUGAUCCGCCCAAAGGCAAGAGUCCAGCCAUCAACAGCACCUUGGUCCCUGUCAAAGGCAUAAAUAACCUCGGUAACACCUGCUUCUUUAACGCUGUUAUGCAGAACCUGUCUCAGACACAUAUGCUCAUUGACCUCAUCCAGGAAGUGAAGGAGAAAGGGUACAAACUGAGGAUCUGCCCCCCUGUCGAGACCAAUUUGAGUCCAUUGACAGUAACGCUGCCCAGUCCAGAGCCCCUGACUGCGGCCAUGUUUCUCUUCCUACAGAGCAUGAAAGAACCUGGGAAAGGCCCGCUUAAUCCCAAGAUCCUCUUCAACCAGCUCUGCCAGAAGGCUCCACGCUUCAAGGGCUACCAACAACAAGACAGCCAGGAGCUUCUGCACUACCUAAUGGACUCUAUACGAGUAGAGGAAACUAAAAGGGUGAAAGCGGGAAUUCUGAAGGCUUUCAACAAUCCCACAGAGAAGACAGCAGAUGAGGAGACCAAACGCCAAGUCAAAGCUUAUGGGAAGGAGGGUGUGAAGAUGAACUUCGUCGACCGCAUCUUUGUAGGCGAGCUGACCAACACAAUUAUGUGUGAAGAGUGUGAGCAUAUCUCCACAGUGAAGGAGGCUUUCAUAGAUAUCUCUUUACCCAUCAUAGAGGAGAGGAUAUCAAAACCAACCAACCCUGGUAGGCUGGGAAAGGGCAGCCGGGAGCAAGACACCCACGUGACUCACAGUGACCAGGUUCUUUCUGCAGCGCAUUCUGUCAACAGAAACACCAGGAAGCUGAGCGGACAGGAUAUUAUCUGCCAGAAACAGCAGAGCAGGAGGUCUUCAAGCUCUGUGGAGGAAAAGGGAGCAGGCUGCAGUGCAGAGCGGCCAGAGGAGGAGGGGAUAGCUGGAGGAUCAGCACGUGGUAUCUCAGUUUUCAAAAUGGCCGCUGCCGGCAGCCUAUCAGAUGGCAGUGAAAGAGACUCAGGUGCUCAGGACAGCAGUAAUGACGCUGACAGUGAGGCCUCAGAGAGCGAGUGGGCUCCACGCACCUCUUCCUCCAGCCACGGGCACAUGUCCACCCCAUCGUCCAUUUCCACCCUCACUCCAUCUCCUACGCCUGUCUCUGCCUCCUCCCCCUCGUCAUCAUCCUCCACGAGGCAAGGUGGCGCUGUAGAGCAACUAGUUACUGCCGUGUCUAAAGUCAACCUCGGCUUCACUUCUGGGGACUACUCUCCCGCUACACACUGUUCUCCAGAGGAGCAGGGAGAAACGCAGUCACGAGAUAACCUCCACCAUCAACACCAUCAGGGGGCCUUCCAGGUUCUGUCCCACAGUUACACACCCAGUUCCAAGGAGUGCUCCAUCCAGUCCUGCCUCCACCAGUUCACCUCUGUGGAACUGCUGAUGGGCAACAACAAGCUGCUGUGUGAGAGCUGCACUGAACGCAGACAGAAACAGCUGCGCAAGAGCAGCUCAGCCGAUAAGAAGGUGGAGAAGAUUUAUACCAGCGCUAGGAAGCAAAUGCUAAUAUCCUCACUGCCUCCUGUCAUCACAUUGCAUCUUAAACGCUUCCAUCAGGCAGGGAUGAACUUACGAAAAGUGAACCGCCAUGUUGACUUUCCCCUGAUCUUGGAUCUGGCUCCUUUCUGCUCGGCGUCCUGCAAGAACUUGGCAGCUGGUGAGCGUGUCCUCUACAGUCUUUAUGGGAUUGUCGAACAUAGUGGCUCAAUGCGGGGGGGUCACUACACCGCAUAUGUAAAAGUGCGCUCUACCCAGAGGAAAACAGAACAGUACCACAGGAACCUGUCAGGUGCGAGGGAUGCCGGUAGCAGCUCCCAGGGCCAGUGGGUGUACAUCAGUGACACCACCGUUCAGACGGUACCAGAGUCAAGGGUACUCAACUCUCAGGCAUACCUGCUCUUCUACGAGGAAAUGCUGUAAUGUGACUAGUGAAAGUAUUUCUCCAUAGAUCUGUUUUGCUUUGCAUUGUUUUUGGUACAUGCCUGUACUACUUCUCUUACUGUAUCUGUGAGUAGGUGGAGGGAAGGAAAGGAAAAGACUUCACUGUACACUCACUUGUCUUACAUGAGAGGAAUGACCAUUUGGUCAUUUCUCAGUUAAAAUUGCCGCUUAGAUAUAUAAAAAAUAAACAUUAGAUGUUAAAGUUAUUAUUUUCUGCUUUGAUAUAGCCUAGAUUUUCAUUCAUGUUUCCUGUUGAAUCCUACCCUUUAAAAAGAGGUCAGGAGAAAAGAGUGUUACUGAAGCUGAGCUGUUCUAACUUUAUCAUCUAUCUCUGUCACGAUUACGUGCCUGAGAUAUUAACUGCACGAGGGAGUUUGCUAUAGAAACUAACAGGAAAUAAGCAGAAUUACCGCAUGCUAAACUGCGCUCAGUACUGACUAGUUGAUGUCAAGUGUGUGUGUGUGUGUGUGUGUGUGUGUGUGUGUGUGUGUGUGUGUGUGUGCACGCACAUACACACAUUUGAGUGAAUGAGUGAGUGAGAGACGGGAGAAUGUAGAUGUAAGGUGCUAUGUGUAUCAUUGGCACAUCAGUAAACCAUUGCCACAUUAAAUCUGAGUUAGUAUUGUAGUUAGUGUAAUUAACGUAUACACUCAAGGCCAUCAUGAAGAAGAUUGGCUUCUCUGUCUGCAUUCUACACAAAAGAUUUUUCAUUGUGUGGCACUGGCUCAGAUUUGUUGAGAAGUGUGUUUGAUUGUUUCUGGCAAUGGCAGAUGAUAGAUAGCAAGAAAUGCCAAGAGAAAAAAUGAAUUCAGACAUGUUUGUCCUUUUCAGUGAAGAGAAUGAUGUAUGAUGACAAGUAGCAAUAUCAUUUGUGACAGAGUUUAUGGGAAAUAUGGUUGUACAUUUGAAAAACUCAAGCACUAAUAAUACAGCACCAAUGGCGAUACAUAGUGGCUAGAAAUUGUCUCAGCCUAUGCCUAUUUAUUUAUUUAUGAUAAUAAGAAUAACAAAGCUAUCACAGCUUAUAGUAUUUUACAUUGACAUACUGGUUUAAAUUGCUACACAUAGCACCUUUUAAGAAUUAGCACAACAUUUAUUUUACAGCCUACUUUAAAUGGAUUGUUCUUUUUUUAACGUCAGAAUGUAUAAAUGUAAGACUAUCAGUGAAUUACAUUUGCCAAAGACGAGUUUUGCAACUGCAAGUCAGAGCAGAAAAUCAGAACCAAACACUCAAGGAGUUUACGUCAUACAGAGUUUGUUCUCUCGAGGUCAUCAGUAUGGUUCUCGAGUGUUGUUGCACAAACAAACAUACUCAACGUUUAUCAGACCAACAAAGCACCUUGUCUGCCUUCAUUGUAUUUCAGCUCUACUGUAACUGUGUAGGCGCACACACAAACCCAUUAAGAUGUUCAGAAGAGUCCGCGCUGUGACUUUUAAUUCCCUAAUACUAUCAGUAAGGUUGAGCAAAAAAUAGAUAUAAUUUAAAAAAAACUCAAAGGCUUUAAGCCUGACGAGAAAAACAUCUUUGCUGUAUUGUGCAUGGGUUAAUGUUCUAAUGAAUGUAUUGCCUAUUCUUAAAAUGUCUAUGUGAAAUGAGCAGUUCAUCUUUUUCUAUGAAAAUAUUUUAGAUGAAAACAUUUUUCUUGUGUGUUGGACAUUUGCCAAAACAGGAGAAGGGAAAGGGUUGAACACGUGUGUCAGAAUCUAGAGGUUUAUUAUUUUCUUUUGAAACAAGGACAAAUUCAGUGCCUAUGCUUCAGGUUUAAGAAACCUGUGCAUGGUCAGAAGAAAAACAUAUGCAUAGUCAAUUGCAAAGAGGGAUAUGUGUGGCAUAUUUAUGUACAGUAUAACUUACUGUAAGCAAAAAUAAUACGGAGUAUAUGUUGUUGUACAUACUAGAAACAAUUCAAAACCAUGGUGCUUCAGGCGUGCAGGGUUUUUCCUCAAGACAGAAUUGUUUCCAGAAAAUCAUUUAAUUUCAGUUAUGAAAUUAUAAACAUUUGGAAUGAGUAUAACUACAUACUGUAUCAAAAUAAAUCUUAUUUAUGAACUGAA